AUGAUUUGGUUAAUGGCCUGCCACAAAAGUUUUCCUUCUCCUUCUCUGUGGAAAACCUUUCGUAAUAUGUGCUUAUAUUGGCGCCACCACGAAGCACUAGUCACCAUGUGGCACAGGGUUAAUCAUGUGCUAACUGCCAACAUGUUGAAGAUUAUGUAUGGCCCUGACUUUCCAGAAAUGACUAUCGGUGAAGAAGAAGUCCAGUUACUUCCACCUGACAUGAGUACAGAGUCCAUUGUUCAGUGUUGGUUUCGCUUUCUGCACAUCCUGCAGAAUCCUGUGGACCUGAGCAGGCCUAGUGUUGUCAGCAAUACCCCAAAAUUCUUGCAGCAUGCUCUCACUAGUGAAGCAGUUGUGGACCCAUCCUACCAUCCUUGUUUGGCAAGACUUCCUCUUGUAUUCUUGAGAGCAAUGAAGGGCAUAUCAGCAAUGGUCAAUGCUUUUCUUGGUCUUCCACAAGAGAUCAGAAUGGAGUAUCAGACGCAUGAUUCACAAACUGGCAUGACUGGGAACAAGAUGGUUUCUACACCAUCCACACCUCCUGGACAGAGAAGAGCUGUGAAAACAAUAUCCGUUCUUACUGGCUCUCUAGCAACAAAAGUGUCUUCAAAAGCUCACGCAGCCAAACAUAUAGCGCACCCCCCAAUUAACAGUGCUAAUAUGGAGAAGUUAAUUUUAGACACGCGACUCCCAUAUGCUUCUAAACGUCCGAAGUGCAACAGUAUUCUGCACUUGUUUGAUGCCUGGCUAUUUGAUGCUUCAUUGGCUGGAGUGGAGCUGCACCCAGCUCAUGCUGCACCGGUUAAAGAGCGCAGGACAAGUUCUUUCAUUGAGUCCAAACACAGCUCGUUGUCAAUGGAUUUAAACACAGAUCCGAAUCAGACCCGUGAUGUUGCUUAUCAAGCUGGCCGUGCUGAAGCUUGUGGUGCCCUAUGUCGCAUUUUCUGUGCUCACAAGACUGGAGAAGUUAUCCUUCCAGAGUACUACUCGCGCUUCUAUCUGAUGAUGUACUAUGGUUUGCAGACAGAUGAGUCUGUGGUGAGUGGUGAAGUGCUGUCAAAUAUCUUGUUCAACUCAUGUUCAUUGUUGCGUGUUGACUUGGAUGGUGUGCAGCUUCUUCUACCAUAUCUUCUGAAAGCUAUUGAGUUGGUACUGAGUAAAACAGCACCAGAGUUUAAACUGUGUGAAUUGAUUCCAUACUCUGAACUGAGAAAGGCCAGCAUUCAUCUGUUGCUAUCAAUGCUGUGCCUACCCCUGCACUUUAAAGAUUUGGAAAUCAAAGAUAUUGUUAGACAGGGUGACAAUAAUCCUCCAGUUACCUUCAUGUCACUGAGGACACGUAUUACAGAGCUUGUCAGAGUAGCUCUAACAAAUGAAACAGACUCUCAGAAUACUCAGAUGCUUCUAGGAGGUUUUUUGUUGCUUGUUGAGGAUCUUGCAACAAGUGAACAGACAGACAAUGUGACUCUGCAACCACAGCAUGACAUGCCAGAUUCACAGACACAAGCUGAUGGUAGUAGGACAAGGACUAGUACAAGUACAACAUUAGCUGAUGGUGGUGGUCUACAGGAUACGUCCUACCAAAAACUCCAGGUCACACCUAGAAACCUUGAUACUGCCUAUGGUUUGUUUGGUCAUGCUGCAUCUUUGGUGUGUAAUCGUCUGUUGGCAACAUGGAAAACAGACCUCAAUGUUGCCUUGGCUGCCAUGGAAUUGCUAGCUGGUUUGGCCAAAGUCAAGAUCAAGCCAGCGAAUAUGCUAAUGUGCAAGAGAACAGUGAAAUGGAUGUGUGAUCUCAUAGUUUUUCAGUGUUCUCGCCCUGCUCCAAGCCAUUCAAGAGAUCUCCAUUCAAUGCUGUGUGCAGCUUUCAAAUGUUUACAACUUUGGUUGGUCGAGCAUAGCUCUUUACUGUAUGAUCGUGAAUGUUUACAUCAAGUCCUAGAAGUUGUGGAGUUGGGAAUUUCAGGAUCAAAGUCACAGACAAAAUCUCAGGAAACACAAAGCAUUAAAGUGAAAAUUGACAAGGAUUCCAAAUCUGUGUCCAUGAAGAAUAGAGCAAGUGAUCCACCUAAAUUUAAGGGCAAUAAAGAGUUAAUGCCAGCUUCCAUGAGGGUGAAGGAUGCAGCGGAGGCCCUGCUGACAUGCAUCAUUGAUCAAGUGGGGGCAUUUCCACCACCAUGUGGACCAGAGUCUUUGUUCUCACUGCUUGAUGAACGUUCUUUGCUCAAGUUUGCCAAAGGAAGCGCACUUCCGGAACAAGGGUCACUAUUCAAAUAUUUUGUCAUAGAUAAUUCAGUCAUUGUUGGCCUUCUCGAGCAACCUUUGGGAAAUAUUGAAGAUCCUUUGCCAACAGUCACAGCUCUAAUCCGUGGUGCGUUUGGUCGUCAUGCCUGGACCAUGCAGUUAAGACUUUCUCCGAGAGCUUCUAAGAUUUCUUCAAGAGCACAUCUUUCUGACCCAGGUCGACCAUUGCCAGAUGACAGUGUAGGACAACAGUACAAUCUUAAACAUCGUCAUUUCCCAGAAAGUGUGAAUAAAAUAGCUCAUACUAAAGC